UUGCCUGCCAGCGUUAGCAGCGCGUCUAUCUGGAUCUUCUACACUCAACCUACAACAAUUAUUGUUAAUUGCUGAAACCUUUUCUCUCUUUUCGGAAACAUAUUCUCAGCAUGGGCGACAAGAAAAGCCCGUCCAGGCCAAAAAGACAAGCCAAACCAACGGCGGACGACGGCUUUUGGGACUGUAGCGUCUGCACCUUCAGAAACAGCGCUGAAGCAUUCAAAUGCAGCAUCUGCGACGUGAGGAAGGGCACAUCUACAAGGAAACCGCGGAUAAACCCACAGCUGGUGGCGCAGCAGGUGGCCCAGCAGUACGCCACACCCCCGCCGGCCAAGAAGGAGAAGCGCGAGAGGCCUGAGCGGCCAGAGAGAGUGUGCCGGGCGGAUGGCGAGCGCGAGGGAGAGCAUGAGGGCGAGGGCGAGCGUGAGCGUGACCGUUCCGAGGGCCGGCAGCCUGACGUCGAGCCAUUGGACAAGGACAAGAGUGAGAAGAGUGACAAGGAGCCCCUGCACAAGGAGAAGAAGGACCGCGAGAAGGAGAUCACCCCAGCCGUCGCCAAGAAGCCCAACAGCAAAAAAAACAGACCCAAGUCAGACAGUCACCAGAGUCCACCAUGCGAUCGGAGCAGCAUACAGUCUGGAAAGUCGAUGACCAAGACCAACAGCGCCCACAUUUCAAGGCCCAAACUGAAGAACAUCGAUCGCAGCACGGCACAGCAGCUAGCCAUCACGGUGGGCAACGUGACGGUGAUCAUCACAGACUUUAAGGAGAAGACACGCUCGUGCUCCACCUCCUCCUCCACCGUCACCUCCAGCGCGGGCUCCGAGCAGCAGCACCAGAGCUCCGGCUCAGAGAGCAUGGACAAGGGUUCGUCGCGCGCCUCCACCCCCAAAGGAGAGCUCUCGGUGGGGCACGACGAGUCGUUCUGAGCCCCCUCCCUUUCCUCGGCCCCUGGAAGUUGGUCACCUUGCCCAGUACUACCCCCCCUGCACAGACCUCCCUCCCUCCCUCCACCCAACUCUACCCCCCUCCAGUAUCCCAUGUGAUCGACAUCCAACAUCCUGGACCGCUACGAAGAGACUGAGGAUUAUUCUCCCAGCCCCCACUUGCUCUCCCAAAGUCUACCCAAGACGGAGAAACUCCCCUACCCCUUUACCUGUCCUCGGCACUCCCCUAACCCCCAUAAUGUUCUAAUUCACUUUAUACCCCCCACCCCCACCCCCACCUCCUCUCCUCCCUUGGUCUCCUGCAAACUGAGAGUUGGUCGUCGGAGUUCCCAGAGUGAGGCUACAAGCAGGAUCUGUGGCGAUGGGCCUUUUAAUUCCCAGUGUUCAAGGAGUUCAGCCAUGGAGGCUUGAGUUGUGAGAGCCUACUCCCCAUCACACAGACACACACACACAGACACACACACACACACACACACACACACACACACACACACUCACACUCACACUCACACUCACACACACACACACACACACACACACACUUCCUCACACACUCUCCUCUCCAUGGUCACAGAAAGGACAGAGAGAGCUCAAGGGGACUGCCGACGAGCCUGGAGGUAUCUUUCGAGAGAACUUGUAUGUAUUGUUUUUUAUAUUGUAAGUGGAUGUUUGGCUGAAUCAGACUCUUACAUUUUUAUUUGUUUGUUUGUUUGUUCCUUUUUUGUACAAAAUUGUAUCUGCUGUGCACAAUAACCACCGACGUUUUAACAACUAUGACUGCUCCCAGUUAUAACCCUAUUUAUUAUCUGUCGCCACUUUUCCGGUGCUCCUUUCACCUCAUUUGCUUUGAGCUUUGCUUAGCUGUGCCCCCCCGUUGUGUCUCUGGAAAAAAGUCCCCCUGUUCCCCAUUGACACUGGUGCUAGAUAACACUGUGAAACAGUUUCAGCCCCGGGACUGCCACUCACACGCGAUAAUGGGGAUUUAUCGGAAAGAGACAAAAAAAAAAAAAGAAACGAAAAAACCUGAGAUGUCAUUUUCCACUCUUCGCCCUUGCCAGUUUCAUCUUUUCCUUUCUCCACUUUAUUCCCGUAAUGUAUGUUUUCGGUCCGAGGUUGUCUGCGUUGUUGUGGGAAAUAACCCGAUGUGGAAGUAUACGCCGGAUCCGUGGAUGUAUAUCAGCUUGAGCUUGCUGAUUGGAAGUUCAUGGAGUGUGUUCGCCACAACCUUCCAUGGCAUUUAUUUUUUUAGUUGUCUGUAGCGUCAUGGCAGAGUCUCACAAGAAAAAACACUAAAGUUGACAUUUGUCUUGCACAUCGGGUCACCUGUCUGUAACUGCAACCAGUGGAAAGUGACCGAAAAUGUUACACAUAGUUCCCAGUUUUAUAAGCCGCACACAAGAGGCAAACACAUCUCCAUUCCCUCAAAUUUGGAGAUUCUGGUGAGUCCAUUAAUUCUCAGUGUUGUCAAGUUUAGUGCAAGGGGGAUUUUUUUGUUUUGCACUCGAGACUAGUUGCAGUUUAAGUGGGAAAUGAAGAAUUUAAUUUUGUUUUAAAUUGACUAUAAGACAUUGAAGAUGUCACUGAAGGCAACUUAUCUCUACAACAAGUAGUUCCAUGUAAAUAAACCUUAAUUGUGUAUUUUCUUGCUUACAUCGCAGUAUCUUGAACUGAAAGAUGUUUAUACAGUUCAUAUUUCAUGAAGGGUUUUGUAUUUCAACAGCUGACUGCUAUUGUGAACUGGCAUGGUCAGGCUAACCAAACGAAUCCAGCGUAAGAGACAAACUGAGCAAACUCCCUUUCAACUUGUAUUAAACCUGUACAAAGUAUAAAUGUGUAUAUGAUAACUGAGUUUUAUUUAUUGAAGGACCAAAGGAAUUUGAUAAUGAUAUGACUCGUUAGGCAAAUAACAAUUUGAAAAAGAGAAAAAAAAGUGUAAUUAUCAUAUUAAAUACAAUUUAAAUAAAGACAUUAAUAUAAUCCAUUUAAAAACGUGUAAUUCUUGUCCAGUUUAUAUUGAGGAUUAUGUGUUAAAACCUAGUUUAAAAACAAACACUUAAAAAUACAACAAAAAGGAUCAGCUUAACGAAAGGUCAUCAUUGCCGUACAGUGAGCAGCUGUGUCAUGGCCUCCUGCCUGGUGCGUUCACUUUGCUCUGUUCCCCCAGUUGUCCCUUGCUUUGUGUCUGAGGACGUUCAGUGGUGCUAGAGGUCCAGUGAGAUGGUAGUGCUGCACUGGGCAGAUGCUGAGCCCCUUUGACUCUCCUUCCCUCCCUCCCUCGCUCCCUCCCUUGGUCUCUCUAUCCCUUUUUCUCUCCCUCCACCCGGUCCUAGUGUCUUGUUUUUGUACCUUAAGCAAGUAAACUUUGCUAGAGGCCCCUUAGAUUGAGAUGUGCAAACCUCCGACUUCAUAGGAAGACACCAAGGGCCCAGGUCGAUGAGUUGUUUCCAACAUAGGGCUAGAGCUGACUGGCUUGCUUGCUCGCUCAUUAGUUUGGUCACGUAAUGCAAAAAGCGAUCAGGCAAUGGAGGCAGGCGGUGGUGACAGAAGACAUGAUGAAUACCAAUUUGUAACCUAGAGAAGGCUGUCACCCUGAGCUAACUAAACACCUUGUGAGAUCCACAUCUUUUGCUUCUGUUCAGUGAUCUUGUCAGUGGCUUUAGGUUGUCAGGGUGGCGCAAUGAAAGAUCAAGAAGAGGGAAAGUGAGACAUGUAUUUUUCUUUAUUAUUGUUAUUAUUUUAAUUUAGGUUUCAAAAAGUGAUGUUUUUUCUGCAAGAAUCCCUAAACUCCAUCCCUAUAUGUUUCUUGACAUGAUGUAGCUCGAGCUGAACUCAUUGACAGAGUAAUGUGUCUGAUAAUAGAGAGGGCCGUCUUGAGAAAUGUAGUCAAGGAAACGUAUCCCCCCCGCCCCCCUCCCAAAUACCACCACUACCAAGAGAAUAUGCAAUAUGUGCUGGAUUAAGAUGGAACUCUCACUUGAGACAACAGAGAAUAGUUUUCUGACAAAUCAGAAGGGGCUUUGGGGAUGAACACUGAUCAAAGAGACUGCGUUUGGUGAGAGAUUUUCACAUCUCUCUCCUCCCUUGACUUUAUGAUGAUGUAUAUUCCAUUUACAUUUUCUAUGACUUCUAUAUAUAGCCAUCUUUUCACCUGCCUUACCCUGCUAACACCUGGCUUUUUUUUUUUUUUUUGGUAAAAUUAUAAAGAAAAAUGAAAAUGGAAAAAAAAGAUAAUAAUAAUUGUGUCUUAAUUUAUUUGAAAAAUGGACAAUUUUGCUGGAUGUGUAAACUGCUUGUAUGUGUAACUGAAAGAAAUGGUGCUGAAAAGCCAGCAUUCAGAGAAUGGCAACGGAGCUGAGCAAUUGUUGUUUUUCUUUUUUGUUGUUUUUGUUUUUCUCUUGUAACGCGCAAGCAGUUCUGUUCUUGUGUGCGACCAGUAACCUUAUUUUACUGUGUAAAGAUGGUUACAAUUUUUUAGCUUCGUUUUCUUUUAUUUUGUCAGACCCAAAUAUAGAAUGCUUGUUUACUUAAUGGUAUAACAUUAAUCUCGUGGAAAUCUCCGAUGUAAGUGUACUAUACAGGUUCUUUUAAUUUUCUCCUAAUACGAGGUCUUGUCGUACAGUACUUUUAAUGUUUAUGUUAAAUGAAAUGUUCUGUAGGGUCCGAUAGCAUAUUAAUCAGUACUUUUUCAUUUUACGAGUUACAAGUCAUUUUACGAGUUUUUCUGUUUCGUUGUUUCACUUUUUUUUGUUCUUCUCGCAGAGUGUUCUUGGUAAUUUUGUGAAAUGGUCCCAUUCAUUUCUUAAUUGUGUAAAUGUAUUUGGGGAAUAUUAAAUGAUCAGCGCUCCUUUGUCUUAGCUAAUCCAAUGUUGAGAUAAUACAUGUUUCUUGGCAUGUGCACGACUUCGCUCUUAGAUGCUACCUUUUAUCAUUUUUUUUCUCCGCUUCAAAUAGAAAUGUCUAUUUAUGAAUUUUGCUUGUAGUUUUUCACAAAUAAAAAAUGUUAAAUUUAUGCAA